AAAAGAAGAAGAAGGAAACGGUAACGGAAACGGUUUUCAUAGCUCAAAAUGACGACUUCAUGGAGUGACCGUCUGCAGAACUAUGCCGACCUACCAGCCAACAUGGAUGGUGUGGCCAUGAAAAAGUAUCGACGUGAAACUCACCACAGAGUGUUUGUCAACCGAAGCUUGGCCAUGGAGAAGAUCAAGUGUUUUGGUUUUGAUAUGGAUUACACUCUGGCAGUGUAUAAAUCUCCAGAGUACGAGUCCCUGGGCUUCGACUUGACGGUGGAGCGCCUGGUGUCCAUUGGAUAUCCACAGGAGCUGCUCAACUUUGUCUAUGACCCCUCCUUCCCCACCAGAGGUCUGGUGUUUGACACAAUGUAUGGCAACCUGCUCAAAGUGGACGCAUAUGGGAACAUCCUGGUGUGUGUGCACGGAUUUAACUUCUUGAGGGGACCUGACAUCAGAGAGAUGUACCCCAACAAAUUUAUUCAGCGUGGCGAUACAGACCGCUUCUACAUCCUCAACACACUCUUCAACCUGCCUGAAACCUACCUCUUUGCUUGCCUGGUUGAUUUCUUCAGUAACUGUCCCAGAUACACGAGUUGUGAGACUGGCUUCAAAGACGGCGACCUUUUCAUGUCCUAUAAGAGCAUGUUCCAGGAUGUGCGGGACGGUGUGGACUGGGUUCAUUUCAAGGGGUCCUUAAAAGAAAAAACAGUUGAAAACCUGGAGAAGUACGUGGUAAAGGAUCCGAAGCUUCCUCUCCUCCUCAGUCGCAUGAAUGAAGUAGCCAAAGUGUUUCUGGCUACCAACAGUGAUUACAAAUACACAGAGAAAAUCAUGACCUACCUGUUUGACUUUCCACAUGGUCCAAAGCCCGGUACACCCCACCGACCUUGGAAGUCCUACUUUGACCUGAUCCUGGUGGAUGCCCGUAAGCCUGUGUUCUUUGGAGAGGGAACAGUGCUGCGGCAAGUUGACACUACCACUGGUCGGCUGAAGAUUGGCACAUACACGGGACCUCUGCAACAUGGCAUCGUUUACUCUGGAGGGUCCUCAGACAUCGUGUGUGACUUGCUGGGUGCUAAAGGAAAAGACAUCAUCUACAUUGGAGACCACAUUUUUGGUGACAUCCUCAAAUCCAAGAAGCGCCAGGGCUGGAGGACUUUCCUGGUGAUCCCUGAGCUGGCCCAGGAGCUGCACGUGUGGACCGACAAGAGCUCCAUAUUUGAGGAACUUCAGUCUCUGGACUGCUUCCUGGCAGAGCUCUACAAACAUCUGGACAGCAGCAGCAAUGAGAGACCAGACAUCAGCUCACUGCAGAGACGGAUUAAGAAAGUGACCCAUGACAUGGACAUGUGCUACGGCAUGACGGGAAGCCUGUUUCGCAGUGGAUCCCGACAGACGCUGUUUGCCUCUCAAGUGAUGCGCUACGCGGACCUGUACGCCGCCUCCUUCAUCAACCUGCUCUACUACCCCUUCAGCUACCUGUUCAGAGCCGCACACGUGCUGAUGCCUCAUGAGUCAACUGUGGAGCACACCCACAUCAACAUCAUCGACACAGAGUCGCCACUGGCCACACGGAACCGCCACGACGUUGAUCUCAAGGAGAUGGAGUGCAAACGGCACCAACUGACUCGAUCCAUCAGCGAGAUCCAGCCCCCCCACUUCUUCCCUCAGGCUCCACAGGAGAUUACCCACUGCCAUGACGAGGACGAUGACGAGGAGGAGGAGGAAGAGGAGGAGGAGUAGAUGGAGGGAGAGGAGCAGACGAGGCUCGCUCUCACAUCCACUGCAUCCUGUUUUAUGUUGUAAGUUGAUUUCUGAGCCCGGCUGGUGAUGAACAAGUCCACUGUGUCUGAGGCUCUUUGACCUGGGUUUGUUUGUGAUAUGGACUACUGUAGAUCUUCCUGAACCUGUCCACAGGUAAAAGAGCAUUUUUUAAGUGAGUUUAGAUUCAUGCUUGUGUAAGACUGAGAGGCAGCGGGAUGGUGCAGGUGAGGUGAGGAGCAGCUGAUCCUCGUGGCUCUGCUGGGUUUGUUUGAAUUAAAAAACCCAAGAAGUUUCUGCUUUCAUUUAGCUCAUCAGGAGUCCAAUAUGCAUUUCUUUAUUUGUACUGUCAACAGUUCACUGCCAUGCUGCUUACUCCUGCACCAUAGCUUAAGGGAACUAUCCAUCAGGCUUGGGCAGUAUGUCAUAUUUAAUACCUUUAUACCUUCCUCAAAUUUCACGGGGGUAUACUCUAUGUGACAUUGUCAGUGUGUGGUGCUAACACCACCCCUGACGGCAAGUUUUCCACUUACUUUCAGCUUUUCAGACUAAUAGAUACACAGUAAAAACCCACAAAUGUUAAAACAGUGAUAUUCUCACAUAUAUUUACUUAUUAAACAGAGAAAUACAACUGUACACCUUUUGAAUUCAGCAACCACAGAAGACUGACAAGGC